UAUGAGCUUAUGUGCACAGGUUACCAAUACGGCGUCGUUUGGAGCUGGCGGUAAAGGCAUAAAAAAGUUCAAUAUUCUCUCGUGCGAAGCAAGUUUUUUCUCCCAGAGAAGGUUUUCCCGCUCUUCGAGCUAUCAGAUCCAUGGCUCCCAAAUCGGAUAGUGCUGAAGGAAUCGUCCUCAACUUCGUGAAUGAGCAAAAUAGGCCUUUGAAUUCACAAAAUGUGGCCGAUUCUUUGCAAAAGUUUAAUCUAAAAAAGGCUGCCAUACAAAAAGCGUUGGAUUGUCUUGCAGACGGUGGGAAAAUAUCGUUCAAAGAGUAUGGCAAGCAGAAAAUAUACCUGGCUAGGCAAGAUCAGUUCAACAUCCCAAACAGCGAAGAGCUCAAUCAGAUGAAAGAACAAAAUUCGAAACUCCAAGAACAGCUUGCUGAAAGAAAGAAAGCCAUCUCUGAGGUUGAGGCGGAAAUCAAGGCGCUGCAAUCAAAUUUGACACUAGACCAGAUUCAAGCCAGGAAAAUCCAAUUGGGAAACGAGGUUAAGCAGAUGGAGAAUAAGUUGACUAAGCUGAGGCAAGGGGUUACUCUGGUGAGUCCAGAACAGAGGCAGGCUGUGGAAAAGAUGUAUAUGGACAUGAUGAAUCAGUGGAGACGACGCAAGAGGAUGUUCAGGGAUGUAUGGAGUGCCAUCACAGAGAACUCACCCAAGAACCUUAACGAAUUCAAGGAGGAACUUGGUCUGGAAUACGAUGAGGAUUGUGGUGUCAGCUUGCAGUCCUUCGAUGACCUAAUGCACGGUGUGAACAAGCGUGCGAGACGCCAAUGAGCAAUCUAGAAGGGAAUUCAACAGCAUGAUUAAGAGCCAUUCUUUGCAAGUCCUAUGUGAUGCACAUGUAACAAGCAGUGGAAGAUUUAGAAAUAUGAGAGCUGCUGUUCCCUUCUAUUCACGCUGCAUAGUGCUUGCUGUCUGUGGCUUGUUUUUAUUAUGUAUACCCCUUUUCUGCUGUUUAUAAACGAUGAACUUUAUCCAUAAGAGACCCCGUUGUAACCAUCUGUAUAUUCACAUCGCGUACGUUUAAAUGCUUGCAGAAAACAUAGAACCAGUUGGCCUAUAUUUUCUUUAUUGAAUUGACCUUUAAGUAUUUAAUA